AGAGUUGCAGAAUUGAAAGGCACAAAGCAGACAGCAGCUGGUUCAGCUGCUAGCACAUCGUCUCAGCCUGUCAAGAGAAAAACUAUUGACACAGAAAAUACAGAGUUAAAGAGAGUAAAAGGUACAGACGAAAAGCCACAUACGUCUACAUCUGGGCUACCUGCAGAUUUUUUUGAUGAAACAGAGCAAGGUGGUGCAACUGAACAGCUUUCAAAGGGUCCAGGUCCCAGUUUAUUGUCAGGAAAUUACGAUGAUGAUGAUGAUGAUGAAGAAGAGGAGGAACAAGAUCAAUCAAACAAAUCUUCUGUUACAAAUAAAACUGAAGUUCCACCUCCAACUCAGGAAGUAACAGCUAAUUCUCUGCCUGCAGACUUCUUUGACAGUAAAAUUACAGCUGCUCCUAUAGUUUCCCAUUCAGGAUCCAUACAGAAAGCAGAGAUACAAGAGAAGGUAGUGGAAAGGAAAGAAAACACCGCUGAAGCUUUGCCAGAAGGUUUCUUUGAUGAUCCUGAAGUGGAUGCAAAAGUGCGAAAAGUUGAUGCUCCAAAGGAUCAGAUGGACAAAGAAUGGGAUGAGUUUCAAAAGGCAAUGCGACAGGUCAACACAGUUUCAGAAGCAAUAGUGGCAGAAGAGGAUGAGGAAGGACGACUAGAACGUCAGAUUGGAGAAAUUGACGAGCAGAUUGAAUGUUAUCGCCGUGUUGAGCUUUUGCGUAACCGUCAGGAUCUGAUGAAGGAGAAGCUAAAGGAAGCCAUGAGACUAAGAGCAAAUCAAGAGAAAGAGGAUGAAGCUAUUGGUAGUGAAGAUGAAGAAGAAUUGCAGGAUUUGCUGUCUCAAGACUGGCGGGUGAAAGGGGCUUUGUUGUAGCAUUUCUGCAACAUGGUUGACAGUCUCUUUAUCUGUGAUGUUACUUCCAUUGUUAGAAGUGAGACACUUUUGUUAAAUAUUUAUUUAAAGGGGAUCGUGAGAUGGUAAAGAAACAAGCGUAUUAAAAAAAACCCCAACCCUCUUUGUAGAUCUACAAUGGUGUAUUACGUGCUGUAAAAACUGUAUAUUGCAAACGUUUUACAAUUUUGAAAGUACCUUUCCUAUUAAAAUUACUGCUUUCCUA